CUAUUCACUAGGAGCAUCACAACAAUGUUUCUAUUCAAACAUGUGCAUGCAUAUAUAUUCACUAGAAACAUCACAACAGUAUUUCUAUUCAUUGAUUAGGUUACUUUUUGACCCAAGAUACCAUUUUAAAUCAAUGGAAUUGUACUUGUUAUCCAUAAUCCAUAUACAUUGAAAAGGAGAUAUGAAACACAACAACAAACAAGAUAUCAAGAAAAAACAACGAAAGUGAGAUGCUUAUGCAUGACUAUUAAUAAGCGGCGUGCUGAUAAAUCUCAGUCAGAGUAUGAGAGCCGUUCGAUAAAUAGGAGAGAAUAUUUGGAUUUUAUGAAGGGAGCGUAUCUAUGUCCAGUGACUGACCGUAUACAAAUUUCAUAAUGCAGCUGAUGAAAGAAUCAUCUUGAUCCAUCUCAACCCUUCAUCACAAAAUCUCUUAAGGGACCACAUUGAUACAUUGUCCGUGAACUCCUGUCAUGAAAAGUAAGAAAUAAAAGUCAAAGUAUAACCUUUUUUCCUUUGAGCAAGCCAUAAUCAUUUAAUUGGAUGAUUUUCUAAUGACAAAACACGUCAUGGAUUCAAUUCAUUGUGGCCCGCACCGAACAAAAGAAAAAUAUAAUACAUACCUAAAAGUUCAAUUUCAAAUGUGGUAACCUAGCGUAGCCAUGUAGUUGGAACAAUCACUCGUCGUGGUCGUGUGGAUGAUGUUUUAUGUAACAUCAGUUGUGAAUUUGUGACCAAAACGUUCCAUUAUGUAUUUUCUGUUUGUACUUUGAAAACAUUGGAUUAGUUUUUGCCUUAUAUCUUCUGUUAGGUUUUGUAAGAUUUUCUACGAGUUACUCUUGUUUUUGACCCAAAUAGUUUUUUUGCUUUAUGUUUCUACUUGAAAAUGUAAAAGCUGGAAGGUUUGACACAAAAAGAAAGUAAGAACUGGAGUAUUUAUCCUUGAAUAUCCAUUUAACACAAAGAUAAAACGACAGAGACUGUAAAUCUCGAACAUUAAGUCAUUAACUGCCUACCGCUAGUGCCUACCAUCGUUAAAUAUAUCUUGCAAAAAGAUGUUAGAAGUAGAUUAUCUCCGUUUUUAUAUUUGUAUCAUAGUUUCAUAACUAUAGCCGUAUAGGUCCACAGAAAUCAAGUCGCUGAAAUGGACGACACAUUUAAAAUCGUCGUCGGUUUCAUAUUUUGUAGUCAAAGUUAGGUGUGAAGAGGGUUCUCUAAGUGGUCUCCUUUAGUCAACUUCAUUAGCAUUUUAAAAUCUUAUAAACUGCAUUGAAAACGCUCUAAACAGCGUCGCUUGACUCGAUAUCCUGUACAAACCUUAUUAUAUUAGUUCACUUAAUGUAGUUAUAUGCGUACGAUCAAUUUGGAUUAUUCAGAAUGUAACAUUUUUAAUUCUAAUAUAGUACAUAUGGUUUGCCUUUCAUAGUUUAUUUAUCAUAUGCAUGUGUACAUAUGAGUUAUAAAAUCAGUAUAGUUAAAAGGUAUAUAAUGACAAAAUAAGAUCAUUAAGGCUAUGCUCUUUUCCCCAAAGGCGCUUUAACGUAAACAAAUUUCCAAAUUAUUUACAUAAAACAGCAAGGUUUUGAAUUUAUUAGGUUUUUAUUAAACUGAUAUUUAGAAAAGGUACAAUUUAAACAAAUACACAUUAAACUGAAAAUCUAGAUUUUAAAAACUCAGAAUUUUUUGUUAAUUUUUUAAAAAUAUCUAAUGUUCUAUUUGGGCACCCUUCAAUUUUUCAAAAUCUAAUGUUAUUCUAUUAAAUAUUAAAUAAUUUAGCCUAGUUCAAUAUACAAACCUCCUAAUAAGUCUAAUAUAUAAAUACUUUAUUCAAAAUCUCUACCAACUUUAUAAAAAAAUUCAAAUUUGAAAAGAAAAUACUACCCUAAGAAAGUCACAAAAUAAUUGAAUUAGUCAUUAGAGGAAUUUAAAUUAAAUUGACUUUAGAAAAUGCUCUUUUACUGGCGUAAGUAAGAGCUGGUAUGGUUUGUAUCAGAAAAGCCAGAAGCGAGAGAGAUAGAGAGUAAAGUUCCAUUUGUUGUGUAGCCCUUUGUCUCUCGCAUCCCAUUUUUCAUAAAAAAAAAAAAAGUCAUCUCUCUCCCCUCUUCUUCAUUUACUUUCUAUAAAUCCAAACUCAUAAACAAAAGAUUUUGUCUUUCCAUCAACAUCACUUCCUCAUAACUCCCCAAAGAAACUCUCACUUCGGGUUCUUCGUCUAUUCUUCUUUCUUUCAUUUCCAGAAAACAAACACACAAAAACAGGAUGAGUUCAAGAGUGUUCAGAGCAACACCAGAUAGCAACUAUCUGGUCCCCAGGAGAUCUAGAGACCAACAACAAGACACCAGUCCGGACCGGAACCGAAUCUGGUCUGAGCCUCGUCAUAAACCGGUUGCUAACCGGAAAGUUCCCGUAGUCUAUUAUCUCUCCCGGAAUGGUCAGCUUGACCAUCCUCAUUUCAUGGAAGUCACACUCUCUUCCGGCGAUGGUCUCUAUCUCAAAGAUGUGAUAAACCGCUUGAAUGAUCUUAGAGGCAAAGGCAUGGCUAAUCUCUACUCUUGGUCUUCCAAAAGGAGCUACAAAAAUGGAUUCGUCUGGCACGAUCUAUCGGAGGAAGACUUCAUCUCCCCUGUGCAAGGCCAAGAAUACGUACUCAAAGGCUCUGAGGUUCUUGAUUCCUGUCUUCUCUCUAACCCUCGGAGCCUCCUCGGUACGACGUCGUUUAGAGACCCGAGAUCUUUAAACCCGGAGAAAAACUCCGGCGACGAUAUCCCGCCGGCGGUGCAUCGUCGGAGAAACCAGUCGUGGAGCUCCAUCGAUCUCAGCGAGUACAAGGUGUACAAAGCGACCGAGUCGAGCGCCGAGUCGGCUCGUAGACUCGCGGCGGACGCUUCUACUCAGACGGACGAUCGAAGGCGGAGGAGAAAACCGGCGAAGGAGGAGAUAGAGGAGGAGGUGGUGAAAAGUCCGGCGGGUUGCGAGAAUCAGAGCGUUGAGCUGAGCAGAGACGAGAUUUCUCCUCCACCGUCGGAUUCGAGCCCCGAGACUUUAGAGAAUCUGAUCAAAGCGGAUGGACGGCUGAUAUUGCGUCAAAACGAGAGCACUAACGAUCAUCGGACGGUGGAGAGUUUAUCUAGCGGGAGAAUGAGAGCUUCUGCCGUGUUGAUGCAGCUGAUUUCGUGCGGUACGAUGUCGUUUAAAGAAUGUGGGCCCGUUUUGUUGAAAGAUCAAGGGCUGUCGUUGACUGGAGGUAGCGGGUGCACGGUAACGCGAGGAACAGGGGAUAACUGUCUUGAGAGGGCAGAGAAGGAACUACAGAGUUUCGGGAGGGUAAAACUGGAAGAUAAGGAGUAUUUUAGCGGCAGUUUGAUUGAGACCAAGAAGGAACUUGUUCCUGCUUUGAAAAGAUCUUCUUCUUACAAUGCUGACAGGAGUUCAAGAAUGGGACCAACGACGGAGAAGGAUGAGGAAGAGGCGGUUCUAGCUAAAUGCAUUCCGAGAAAACCAAAGUCGGUGGGUCUAAGGAACAAUGGUGUGCACCAGUAACAAAAGAAACGACACGGAGGCUAACAAGCUUAUUUUGGGUUUAAGAACAAACAAAAAAAAGAAUAGGGAAUGAUGAGUAGUUAUAAGCUUUUGUGAUAUGUGUAGGUAACUACUAAAAACCCUAUGGAUGCUAAAUAGUAAACAUGAUGUGUACAUAUUUAAAAAUGUUUUAGUUUGACCCUAUGUGUCUUCUGAGGUUAAUUUCAGAUUCGGUUUACUUCACCUA